UUCUACGCGGUAAGCAUAUAUACCUCAGUGCGGCCAGAAAUGCGCCGAAAUGUAUACCGGCAUGCGCCGUCUUGGCGGAGAGGGUAUGCCCGUGACGCCGAGGUCGGUCUAUUUGCCUUUCCGUCUCCUAAAAUCAGAUUUAGUCGUUGCUCAGGAGAAGCCACGAAGCGUGCGGCCCGAGAAUUCCGCCGCGAUUUCACGCAUGGUAGAAGAGCGCGGCCGGGAGAAGAUGUGCGCCCCUCCGGAAACAGAGUAGGCGCUCUUCGUGACCCGCUUCGCGCUCCACUUCCUCGUCGCGGUCGUCGGCUGAGCCAGCCAUCUGGGUCAGGAGCGGGCUGGCGGCCGUGCAGGGAUGCGCCGGUUGCGCCACUAGCAUGACGGUCACCGCCGCGCGUCUGCCGCUGCUCCUGGCGCUGGCCGCCGCCACCGCCGCCGCUACACAGCCGCCGCCACCGCCGCCGCUCCAGCUGCCCGAUGUCAAGUUCAGCUGUCAGGGCCGAGCCACCGGUUACUAUGCCGACGUUGACCUGCGCUGCAGCGUCUUCCACUACUGCGGCGCGCAGGGCGACCGGUAUUCUUUCGUGUGCCCGCCAAAGUCCACCUUCAAUCAGCGGCUCCUCAUGUGCGACUACGAACCUGGUGCAUUGGAUUUGUGUCCCCGUUCGGAGAGCCUUUACAACAUUAGCACGACUACGCCGCGCCUGCGUAAGCCGGUGACCAGGCCACCCACGACGACGACGACGACGACUCCGGCGCCCAGCAGCUCGCUGUCGCCCACGCCAGUGGCUGUAUUCGGCAAGCCGCGCAGCACCACUACCGUGCCACCGAGCGACGAAGACGAAGACUGGCUGGACGAUGAAGGCGUCAGGAACGAGACGCAGUGGUCCAGCAACGAGACACAGUGGCCCAGCAACGAGGCGCAGUGGUCCAGCAACGAGACGCAGUGGUCUCAGCCGGUACAGCACCACGAAGACGGCGGCUGGCAACCAUCGGAGCCACUUUUCGAUCGCGACGCGCUUUUCGAUAAUCUGCGCUCGCACGAGAGCGCAGUCACCUACGAGGAACCUCGCAGCGGCGAUUCUGGGGCCAAUUCUUUUGUGGUGUACGACCCGAGCGAGCUCGGUCGCCCUUUUUAUUACCAGCCGGAGCCGGCCAGCUACGAGCCACCGAGGCCCCCGUGGCAGCCGAUGGCUGAAGUGCUUCUGGGCCGACCAACGGGUAACUACUACAAGACGCCCUCAGGAUACUUCGAGUACCGCCACAGGUCGUCGUCUCGUAGAAGGGCUCGCUCAGUGCGCGGAAAGCGCCAGCUGCUGCUGUCGCGGUUCUUUAAGCGGCAGCCGCUGCGCCUCCCGCCUCCCAGGGAAGAAGAAAGUGGCUGGCUGCCCAGCGUUCACUUCCCGCUCAGGGGUUUCUUUCCGCCCGAUCCACCCGCGUGGCCUUCACUACGAUUGCCCCCGGCCAAAGGCGCAGCGCCACCACCGACUCCCUUCCAGGCUGAACACAGGCCACACGCGCACGUGUUUGGCCGGCCCUCGCUACAUCCAGAUCGUUUCCUACCGCCACGGCCACAACUGCCUCCGUUCUCCCCUGAGCUGCGACCGUGGUCUCAGCUGGGCGUCUCGUACCUGCCGGAGACCAUGUUUGUGCCACAUCAUGUGAUACCCAGCCGGACGGCGGCACCUCCGAUGGUGGCGCACCGCCAGACGGCGCCACCUCCGAUGGUGGCACACCGCCAGACGGCGCCACCUCCGAUGGUGGCACACCGCCAGACGGCGCCACCUCCGAUGGUGGUAUCCCGACAGACGGCGCCGCCUCCGAUGUUGGUACCCCGGCACACGGCACCAUAUCCGCUGCUGCCACCACGGCAGACGACGCCACCACCCAUGGUGCCACUCAGACAGGUUGCCUCUCGGUUGCCCAUAAAGCGCCCGCCGCCUAGAAAAAAGCCCAGUCGCAGACGCCGUCCCACGCCCCCGCCGCGUACCACUACCAGGUCACCACCCGCUAAGGACAACCGCACGUACAGUUGGUACGGCGGGUGGACCACCAUUGCGCCUCCCAGGUCCGUACCAGCGAAACCUACAUUGGCCAGUCCCACACCGCCAAGAUCCACGAAGCUGUGGUUUCUGACCAGCAAGCCGCCAAACUCAUCUUCCCCUAAAUCGACUCAAACAGCGACGCUCAAGCUCAGUGCGACAACACCCUUCAGUUGGGAGCGGCUGCGCACGGCAACGUCAACCACAACGCCUCGACCCGCGACCAUAGUGCGCGUCUUUAGCAACAAAAUCGGUUCAUCAGUCAUGGCUACGGCAGGUACACCGCGCACCACGACAACAUCGAAGCCUCCGACCACAGCCGCAGACGACAAGGAUAACGUCAUUGGCAACGGCCGAGACCGGGGAUUUCCCUUCGAGUUUUUCACGGAUGUCAACAAGUUGUUGGCGCGAACCACGCCGCAACCGCAGCCCGUGUACAAGCCGCAAGCUAGCCGCCAACCCGUCACCGAAGUGGUGACGGCAAUCUCCUUCAGUGAGUCCGCCCCGGCGGCGUGACGUGUGGCUACUGCCGAGUCGAGCAGUGCUCCUUUCGCCCGAGCUUCCCUGCUAAGCAAGUGCGUCGCAAUAAAUACGACCACUGCGCCUCUUGCACAAGCGCGUGAGGGCGCUAAAUCGCACAAAUGCAUCGCUGGCCGAAGCCGUGAAGAAGCCCAUUCUCAACGUUUACCUCGAAUUUAAGGCGUUCAUGUCGUUCAUGAGAACACUACUAGCGGCUGACAGAAUGACUUGACGGCUGUUUUGAAGUAUUCCACAUCGAUACGGAUGUAGGGGUUGCAAGGUAGAAGAAGUGGGCAUUCGCAUCAGUGACAAGCAGUAGUACGCUGAUGACUUGUGGGGUGCCGGAACACUCAGAAUGGCAGCAAGGUGCACCUCGGAACACUGCAGCCAGUUAAGAAAGAGGGCAGCACACUGUUAUCGGUGCUAUACAUACGAGGGGCAACUGGAGUGGCCCGUGACGCAAAAGUGCAUGUGCAUGCAUAGUUUAUCAAUUCUACUAGCAGUGAAUGUCUUAUAUGACCAUGCGAACUCGGAUAAUGACGCUUCCAAUAUUAUGACUGUCCUGAAGAGCCGUGCCUGUCGCUUUACGAGUUGCGUUUGGUCAUGACACCUUGUUUCACAGAACCUUCGACCCUCAAAACAUUACCGUUUUCUAUGUCAAUUUGUUCCUCCGGGUCACACAUUUUCCCCGCUUCGCUCGGUGCGUCUCGAUGUUACCUCUGGUUCAUAAUGUGUACAACACCGUCAGACCUAACUAUACAAACGUUGUUCGAGCUUUACAUUGCCUUCAUUUUACUUCUUCAGAAAAAGAAUUGCAGCGGAUCCCACGCGCCUGUGGGAAUCUGUGUUCGUGCAGUGAAACUUUAACAGAUUACGCAAAUGUGCACGCAAAUAUUAGUGUUAUACUUGCACCAGGCCUA